AUGGAGUUGGGCCUCUUGAUCAAUGGGACCACAGUGAAGGAGUUCAUUUUGCUGGGGUUUGGAGUUGCGCAACAGGCGCGGUUCCUGCUCCUCAUCUUUUUUGCCGUUCUGUACAUGCUCACUUUAGCUGAGAACAUCACCAUCAUCACACUGGUGGUUCUAGACACCCACUUGUCCCGGCUUCCCAUGUACAUCCUGCUGAGCAACUUCUCCUGGCUGGAGAUCUGUUACGUGAGUGCCACAGUACCCCGAAUGCUGUUUGAUUUGACAUCUCCUCAAGGAAUCAUCUCCUUUCACGUCUGCUUCCUUCAGUUCUAUGUCUUCUUCUCACUUGGCACCACUGAAUGCUUCUUCCUGUCAGCCAUGGCCUUGGAUAGGUACAUGGCUAUCUGCCAUCCUCUGCGCUAUCCACAAAUUAUGUCCCCAGAUUCUUGCUACAUUCUGGUGGCUGCUUGUUGGAUCCUUGGCUUCCUGUGGUAUCUUAUCCCUGUGAUUUUGAUCUCCAGGUUGUCCUUCUGUGGCCCCCAAAUCAUCAACCACUUCCUGUGUGACCCUGUGCCCAUUUUGUCUCUUGCCUGCCCUCCACUAGGAAUUGUCCCCAGUGUCUGCAAAGUGUUUAUGAAUGCGUUGGUUUUUUGCAAUGUCUUAUUUGUUUCGCUGUCUUAUGGUGCUGUGAUUCUAACCGUUACAAAAAGGUCCUUCCAAGGCAGUUUUAAGAAGUCCUUCUCCACUAUCUCUUUCCAUCUGCUGGUGGUGACCCUUUUCUAUGGCUCUGUGGCUGGGAUGUACUUAGCUCCAGUUGGAGAGAAUUCCUCAGCGGUCACUAAAGUGGUCACGGUCUUCUACACGGCUGUCACACCUUUUCUCAACCCCAUGAUUUAUUGUCUGCGGAACGAUCAGGUGAAGGAGGCACUGGGAAGGCUGUGGAAGAGAAGGGGGAAAUUCCUGAGGAGCAAAGCGACAAAGUGA